UUAGGUCUAUGGUUUUAGGCAUAGGCUAUUGUUUAUUUACUUUCAUGAAAUAAAAUUGAAUUUCACAAUUUUACGUAAAAGCAAGAUUAUAAUUAUAGAAAAGAGAUGACGGCAGAAACAGAAAAAAAGUGUUUUAAAGCAGAAAACAAAUUCUUGGUUAAGAGUGGUUGUAAAAAGCGCAUGUGGCGGAAUUUAAAACAAAUAACGACAGCUGAAAGAGCUUUACCGUGGCCUAAUGAUGCUGUUUUAUAUUACUCCAUCAAUGCACCACCAACAUUCAAGCCAACAAAGAAAUAUUCUGAUAUCUCUGGAUUACCAGCGCCAUACAUAGACAGGCAUUCCAAGCUAUAUUACAGCAAUGCAGAUGAAUUUGCUACUGUCAGAAGUUUGCCCAUGGACAUAACAGCCGGUUAUUUGCAGCUGAGAGGAGCCAACACCAUUGUAGGAUGAAGUCUUGAUUCUAUGAACUUGGAAUGACUAAGCUAUCUUCAAAUCCAACCUAACUUGGAAUAUUUCUGACUUCUAUAAGAAUGUUUUGUGUAAAGAAAUAAAAAACAGAAAAAUGUGUAA